GUGACGUCUCUGAGGCAGGACAGGAAGCAGGAAGUGAGCCGCUGUGACAGGUCCCGGGGAGGUCAGGGCUGAGAGUGUAAAGAUGGCGGCGAAUAUGACGAGAUGUCGAGCGUGGGUCGGGAUACGGAGGUUCGGGCUGCCUGCCUACAGGAGGUUCAGCAGCGGCACCACCUACCCCAGUAUACCACUUACCGCUCCCUUACCCGGGGUGCCCAAGCCAGUGUUUGCAAGAGUGGAUGGACAGGAGAAGUAUGAGACUAAGGUCACCACCCUAGAGAACGGGUUGCGGGUGGCUUCUCAGAACAAAUUUGGACAGUUCUGUACAGUUGGGCUCCUCAUCAAUUCGGGCUCCAGACAUGAAACCAAAUACCUCAGCGGCAUCUCUCACUUUCUGGAGAAGCUCGCCUUCUCUUCCACAGCACGGUAUGGCAGUAAGGAUGAGAUUCUCUUGACGCUAGAAAAACACGGCGGGAUCUGUGAUUGUCAGACCUCCAGGGACACCACAAUGUAUGCCGUGUCUGCAGAUGCUAAAGGCCUGGACAAUGUGGUCAGCCUGUUGUCAGAAGUGGUUCUGCAGCCCCGGUUGUCAGAUGAAGAGCUGGAGAUGACCCGUAUGGCUGUCCGCUUUGAAUUGGAGGACCUGAACAUGAGGCCAGAUCCGGAGCCGUUGCUGACGGAGAUGAUCCAUGCAGCCGCUUUCCGGGGUAACACAGUGGGCCUCCCCAGAUUCUGCCCCAUGGAGAACAUUGAUAAGAUUGAUAAGAAUACACUACACUCUUAUAUGCACAACUACUACACCCCGGACAGGAUGGUCCUGGCGGGUGUGGGGAUUGAACACGACCAGCUGCUGGAGUGCUCUAAGAAGUACCUGCAGGAUGUGAAGCCCGUGUGGGAGUCGGGGAAGCCGAGGAGCAUCGACAGGUCCAUUGCUCAGUACACAGGAGGGAUAGUUAAGGUCGAGAAGGACAUGUCUGAUGUCAGCCUGGGGCCCACCCCCAUCCCUGAGCUCUCGCACAUCAUGAUCGGUCUGGAGAGUUGCUCUUUUCUGGAAGAUGAUUUCAUCCCCUUCGCUGUACUGAACAUGAUGAUGGGUGGCGGAGGCUCCUUCUCUGCUGGGGGACCGGGGAAAGGCAUGUUCACCAGACUAUACCUUAAUGUGCUCAACAGGCACCACUGGAUGUAUAAUGCAACCUCCUACCACCACAGUUAUGAAGACACUGGACUUCUCUGUAUACAUGCCAGUGCAGACCCUCGCCAGGUGAGAGAAAUGGUUGAAAUCAUCACCCGGGAGUUCACCCUGAUGGCUGGAUCAGUAGGGGAGAUUGAACUCGAUCGGGCAAAGACCCAGCUGAUGUCCAUGCUGAUGAUGAACCUGGAGUCCAGACCGGUCAUCUUUGAAGAUGUAGGGAGACAAGUUCUGGCCACAGGGAAGAGGAAGCUCCCUCAUGAACUGUGUUCUCUCAUCAGCAAGGUGAAGGCCAGUGACAUAAAGAGAGUGGCCACCAAAAUGCUGAGGAGUAAGCCUGCAGUGGCCGCACUGGGGGAUCUCUCAGAGUUACCGGAUUACGAUCAGAUUCAGGCUGCACUUUCCAGUAAGGACGGACGACUGCCGCGAUCCUACAGACUCUUUCGAUAGAAUACGCCCUAUGUAAAAGCAAUGUGAAACUGUCCGAGGGGACGGUGCUGCACCCCGCGGCGCGUCUCGUCUUUUCAUCAGCGAUGAAGUAACUUAUUUGGCUGAGAGAGGUUUCAGUGGGGGAGUCGGAGCCAGGAAGGAUCCUCAGUCUCUUAUGCUGGUAUUUCUGUCAAUGUAAAGGGGUCCUCUGCUAAGAAAUUACCAGAAAUUGUAUUGCGUAUAUGCCGCCCUCUCCUAACAGUAAUACAAACUCACCAGUGAAUAGAAUUCUGACAUUUCCUCUCCUGGUUAAUAUUUUCCUUAGCCAAUAUGGCCGCCAUCACAGGGGUGGUCACUUCUUUGUCUGUGCUGCAUUGUAAGGAAUGGCAGAGAAGUCCUACCCCACCUGACGGAAGGGGAUAAGUCCGUAAUGUAUAUUUACUGGUGCAUAGAAGAUAAGCUGCUGCUAGAUCACCAUGACGCCGCUUAUCUUUGAGGAAUACAAUUUCACCAAUCUAUAUUCAUCUUAAGGGGAACCCGUCACCAGGAUUUUGUGUAUAGAGCUG